AUGGAUCGCAUCAAGGAGAAAAUGAACCAGCUCCGUCUGGAGGCCGACGAGGCCAGUGGCAAGGUUGAGGAGCUCCAGAGCAAGGUCAAGGUUCUCGAGCAAGAGAACCUGUCAAAGGAGCAGGAAAUCACCUCCCUCCAGCACAAGAACAACCUCCUCGAGGGCGAGGUCGAGAAGCUUGAGAACGCCGUAAAGGAUUUCAAGAAGGCCGCCGAUGAGGGCCAGCAACACGGCACUCAGAACGAAACUCUUCAGCGAAGGCUGCAACUUCUCGAGGAGGAGGCCGAGGAUGCCGACAAGACGCUCCGUGAGGCCAACGAGAAGCUCCGACAGACCGACGUCAAGGCCGGACACUUCGAGCGAAAGGUGCAAGCCCUUGAGAACGAGCGUGAUCAGUGGGAGUCCAAGUACGAGGAGAUGUCGCAGAAGUACAACGCUCUUCAGAAGGAGCUGGAGGAGCUCCAGGCCGAGAUUGGCAACAUCUAA